CCCCAGGUUUUAAAUCGCGGAAGUGCAGACACUGUGUAUGACUGUGUUGUGUUGGUUUUGAGCGAUACGUAGUACAGUUACAGUGUUUGUGUAGUGCCCUCCUUAUUACGAGACGACGUUUAAAAGACAAAACAAAGAUUAGAAAGCUCUACCUCUGGCAGCAGACUGAGAAAUGGAGGACGACGCUCCUGUCAUUUAUGGUCUCGAAUUCCAGGCACGAGCACUGACUGCCCAGACAGCUGAGACUGAUGCCAUUCGUUUCCUUGUGGGCACACAGUCCCUGAAGUUUGACAACCAGAUCCACAUCAUUGACUUUGAUGACGAGAAUAACAUCAUUAAUAAGAACGUCCUCCUGCACCAAGCUGGGGAGAUAUGGCACAUUGGCGCCAGUCCCGCAGAUAAGGCUGUGCUUACCACCUGCUACAACAAAACCAGUGACAGCAGAGUGGUGUCCUGUGCGGCAGUGUGGCGGAUGCCCUCUGAUUGGGAGACAGGAAGCCAGGAGUCACCUGACGACUCCGCCCACAACCCUCAAACCCUGGAGCUGCUCUGUCACCUAGACGACAGCGCCCACAGGAACGCUGCCUGCGUGCUGUGGGAGCCCAUGGGGGAUGGCAAGCGUGUGAUUUCAUUGGCUGAUAACCAUGCACUACUCUGGGACCUGCAGGAGAGCUCCACACAGGCCACGGUCUCCAGCAGCGCCACCCUGGAGGGCAAAGGUCAACUGAAGUUCACCUCGGGCAAGUGGAGCCCCCACCACAACUGCAGCCAGCUCGCCACAGCGAAUGACACGGCCAUACGGGGAUGGGACCUUCGCACCAUGAGUCAGAUCUACUGUAUAGAGAAUGCCCAUGGCCAGCUGGUGCGUGACCUGGACUUCAACCCCAACCGCCAGUACUACCUGGCCAGCUGCGGCGACGACUGCAAGGUCAAGUUCUGGGACGUCCGCAACGUCCAUGAGCCCGUCAAGACCCUGGAGGAGCACUCGCACUGGGUGUGGAGCGUCCGCUACAACCACAGCCAUGACCAGCUGGUGUUGACGGCCAGCAGUGACAGCCGCCUCAUCCUCUCCAAUAUGGUGUCCAUCUCUUCGGAGCCAUUCGGGCACUUGGUGGACGACGACGAGCUCAGCGAGGGGGAGGACAACAACCAGGAGGACAAGGGUCAGGAGCCCCUGCAGGACAGCGUGGUGUCGACCUACGAGGAGCACGAGGACAGUGUGUACGCGGCGGAGUGGUCGUCGGCCGACCCCUGGCUCUUCGCCUCGCUCAGCUACGACGGACGCCUCGUCAUCAACAGGGUCCCCCGCGCCCUCAAGUACCACAUCCUGCUCUGAGAGGCUGGGGAGGGACAGGUGAUCAGAGUGUGUGUGUGUGUGUGUGUGUGUGUGUGUGGGGGGGGAGGGGUGAGAGUGAGAGUGUGUGGGAGAAGCCGAAGUAACCCAGCUCUAAACAUCCUUUGCAACAAAAAGAAAGACAUUCCAUAAUACCGUGGCACAGUAAGUGUGCUGUGUGUGUGUGUGUGUGUGUGUGUGUGUGUGUGUGUGUGAUGUAAAUAUACAUGUAGCUCAUAUGUUCCUACAUGUUAUGUAGGAAACAAUAAAAGUCUUUUGCCCCUUA